AUGAAGAGUCAGGACGGUCAUGCAAACAGUUUCAGUUCAACUAAAGAUGAGGGAGCAGCGAUUACGAUGGUUCGGACAUGUCCUAAGAAGACCAUCGAGCCACCCGAUAAGGAAGGCAAUGGAGUUCGAGGCGCAAGGCAAGCGACCACGGGAAGCCCCAAAGAAGAGAUGGCGGGACGUGAUCAAGAAGGACCUCGCCGAAGCCAAGGUCAACUUUUCCUGUCCGCCGAUACGCAGGCAAAGGCUGUAACGCAGUUGCGCGUAGAAGACGCUGCGAAAAGAGGUCGUACGAAAGUCACGACAGUGGCGCCGAUGCAGUUGCGUGCUGAUGAGUCGUGGUUAGCCGGGAAACUAACCUUGAAGGCAAAUUCUCAUCCGAGCUGGAAUAGCUUCGGUGGCAUGGAGGUGGACGGACCGUACGACCGUUGCACGUGGACAUUGGCACGCAUCUUCUGUACUAACCCCGAUGCCACUCCAAUGGCUCGGCGAUGUCCAACUUGGGAACGCUUCCGUGGGCCCACAUCGUACCCAGAUGUGCGCUUGGUUAGCGGAUCGAUGAGAGGGUCCCCUCAUCUACGGGACCUUGACGGUCCGCCACUUGUUCGCGAACAGGGCCACAGAUCCAAAUGGGCGGUCGUGGUCCAGGGACGUGACGGUGGUGAAGAGGGAGCUCCGACAGGGACGGAUCGACCGGUCGCCAGGCUUGUCCCGUCUGUCCGUGUAUGUGUUGUCCUCGUCCUUGCAUGCGACGUCCUGGUUCGUGUCUGUCCGCGUCUGUCCUUGUCUAUCCCUUUGUACGUGCCUGUCCCCCUCCUCUGUCCGUCCGCGUCCCUCUGUCUGUCCGUGUCUGUCUGUGCAUGCCCUCUGUGUCCCUCUGUUCGUCCCUGUCCACCCGUAUCUGUCUGUCCGUCCACCUGUCUGCCUGUGUCGGUCUGCCUGUAUGUGUCCGUGCUCGUCUGCCUGUCUGUCUGUCAGCAUUCUUCCAUGUCUGUCUAUCUCUGCCUGUCUGUGCCCUUUCGUCUACACAUCUGUCUGUGUGCCGAUCGGUUCGUCACCCCCUCUGUCCUUCCAGUCUGUCUCCAUCAGCAUUGUAGGUUUGUCGUCCAUGACUGA